CCUACCUACCUACCUACCUACAUACAUACAUACCUAAGGUUACCUAGGUAUAUAUAAAAGGGGGCGAAUUACGUUUAUUUAUAAUUAGGUUAGGUACCUACUUAUUGAUCUAUUCAUUCACAUGCAUCUAUAAUCUACUAGGUACCUAGGUUAGUCGGAUUGAUUUUGAUACCUACCUACCUACCUAUACAUAUCACCACCAAUGGAGCCGCAGCAGCAGCCGCAGCCGUUGCCGCCGGCCCUCCACAUCGACCCGCCGCUGCUCAACUCGGCGAACCCGUGGGCGACGACGCUCGAGGAUCUGAAGGCCUUGCUCGAGUGCGAGGACACGGGCGCCGUGACCACGCGCACGGCGACGCUGGAGGGGUUCCCGCAUGAUGAUGCUGUUCAUCAGUACACCUUCUUCACCCCCGACGGGAGCAGCAACAGUCACGGCAACGACGACGCCGCGAGCCUGAACAACAUGGGCUACAGCCCGCUGCCGCUAGCCACCUAUCUCGAGUUCAUCGAGACGCUGUCCACCACCACCACCACCACCACCACCUCAACCUCGGACAAGACCGACAAAAAACUCUUCAUCGUCUCCGUGACAGGAACCCCCGACGCCACAGCGCAAGCCUACUCGCUCGUCGCGCAGCUCGCUCACCGGGUCGCCAACCCUCUCGCGCUCGAGGUCAACCUCAGCUGCCCCAACAUCCCCGGCGCGCCGCCGCCCGCCUACGACGCCCGCGCGCUCAGCGCGUACCUGGAGAAGCUGUCGGAGGCGGCGUCGGCGGAAGCGAAAAGAAAAAGAAUCCCCUGGGGCAUCAAAACCCCGCCGUACACGACGCCCGCGCAGUUCGACGUGGUGAUCGAGGCGCUGCUGCGCGCGGCCGCGGCGACGGCGACGCCCGAGGGCGAGGUGUGCCCCGUGAGCUUUGUCACGGCGACGAAUACGCUGGGCUCGUGUCUGGUGUUGGAGGAUAUGGUUACCACCACCACUGAGGGAGGAGAAAAGGGUAGCAAUAAUCCACCGAAGCUACCAAGCUCCACGCACGGCCUUGGCGGCAUGGCCGGCCCGCCGCUGCACCCCUUGGCUCUGGGGAACGUCGCGUCCCUGCGGCGGAGGCUGGACGCGAGCGAGAAGACGCGGCACGUGCAGAUUAUUGGCGUCGGUGGCGUGGGCGACGCUGCUGGGUACCGGCGGAUGCGUAGCGUGGGGGCCGUGGCGGUGGGGGUGGGGACGGCGCUGGGGAGGAAGGGGGUUGCGGUGUUUGGGGAGAUUAGGGAUGGGUUGGUAGGGGAAGGAGAAAAGGGGGAAAGUUGGUAGCUAACUAGCCCCUUUUUUAAACGGAGAAGAAUAUACAUAUGUAUCUCGUGAUUUAUACAACCCCUUUUGGUACCUACCUACUUAAUCGUCGUCUCAAACAUAGGUAGUAUGUACAUAUUGCAAGAUUUGCUCACUCGUUUACAAUCGAUAUUCUGGGUACUCAGAUAGAUGUAGAAACCCUUUUUUGUGUGAAUUAGAC